AUGGCUGCUAACCCUGAAACCAAUUGGCUCGCAAAGAUCGAGGGCAAGUCCUUCGUGAACGUCUCCAUUGACUCUGCCAAUGGAGAUGCCAUCAACACUGAGGAGUUCCUCCAGGCUGCUCGGUCCUUGGUCACUCUGUUCGACAUCCUUGGAGCCACUACUUUCAACCGUGUCAUUGCCGACUUGAACACCAACAUCGAGAAAGUGCAAAAGCGCAAGGAUGCUGCUCCUGCUGAGUCUGAGACUCUGCAGGACCUUGUCCGUAACGAGUUGAAGUCUGGCCAGCACAAGGCCACCGAGGGACUCCUCUGGUUGGUCCGUGGCCUCGAUUUCACCGUCCAGGCUCUCCGCCACAACCUCGACAACCCCUCCUCCCAGCUCUCUGUCUCUUUCAACCAGGCUUACGGCACCACCCUCAAGCCCCACCACAACUUCGUUGUCAAGGGUGUCUUCAGCGCUGCCAUGGGCUUCUGCCCCUACCGUACUACCUUCUUCCGCAAGGUUGAUGACAAGAACGCCAAGGCCGCUGAUAACGAGAAUGAGAAGGUUGACCCUGAGGUUGAGGCUCGCGUGUCUGCUGGUCUGAGCCGCGAGGUUGAGGCUCUGGAGCGGGUUGUGAAGAUCUUGAAGACCUUCCAGGCCACCCCCGAGGCUCAGUGGAAGUAA